GAUGGUGUGCCAGCGCAGACCGUAGCAGACCGACAGACCGCUGCAGUGUCCGCACGCGACCUUUUCGUUGUGCGCGAGGAGGCGAAGAAAGUUAUGGCGAAACUGCGCUAAGUAACCGCCUGCACAGCUUUUCGUGUUCGCAGUUAUUCUGUGAGGCGAAAUAGCUAUAGGAUAACUUGUGCAGUACUUUGGAAUUGACUGCAUCACUGAAUUUGCACGGAGGCAUAGCAUUGCGGCAACAUGGAUUUUGUCUCAUCCGUUCAGAAGAAGGUGCACAAAGCUCAAGAACUGAUAAUUGAAAUCGAAAAAAGCAGGAAGUACCUCCAAAAUAACUGCGAAACUCUUAAAGAUGACAUAGAUGCUGCUUGCAACCAGCAAAUAGCUGCUGUUUGUCAACGAAAGGACCAGUUGUGCCACCACGUUGAAUUGCUGGCUGCUGAACAGGAGAGGCAACUUCAGUCAGAUUUGGCAAAGUUGCACCAAUAUCAGGGCAGCCUGCUGUCAAUGCUUCAGCUGUAUGCUGCUGGUACACUCAAGAAUGACAGCAAUGCUUUCACUUGUCUGCAAGAUCUUGAACUGCCAAAUGUAGCAACAGGAGUGCCGCAGCUGCACUUUGCCAAAACUGGUGAGAAGGAGCUAGAAAAGGCAGUGCGGGACUUCGGCUGUGCCAAGCUGCAUCAUGUCUGUGCACCAUUUGGCAACUUCAAGGACAGUAAAACCAGUCUUUUCAGUGGGGAAUGCGCUAAAGUAUCAGACUCAAAUGAACCUUGGCUGCUAUGUGACAUGGACAAUUGCAGUGGCGAGGAUGAAGUGGUGGCUGCCUCCUUGCCGAAGUCCCUCUCGGCAACAUCCAGUUCCAUUGAGGCGGUGUCAAUGGAUGAGGAUGACACACCUGGCACAUUUCAUAAGCUGGUGGAAGAUCACCCUAAAGGUAACCAUAUGGUGGAUUUGAUGCAGGACCAGUCAUCUUGGCUUCUGCCAAACAAUGAAUACACUGGGAAGAACGAGCUUUUCAAGCUGACAAGAACGUUCAGUGAAAUGAAGACUUCGGACCUCAAAAAUGAAGAAACCAACUGGCUACUUCUACCAAAGGAUUUUGUAACUUGCAAAAAUGAUUUGGUCAUGAGCAAGACAUCGGAUGUCAACUCCGAGUGGCUAUGUGCUAGUAAAGUCAGCCCUAUGUUGACAAGCUGGUCAUACACGACGAAAAUAAGAGAUAUGUUUAAACCUUACUUUGACCAUAGAAAUGACAGCAUCUGGAUAGCAAAUGCACCAUAAUUUUUAUACACAAUAGAUUACAAGGAAAAAAAUAAAGUUUUAUGCUUAUUUA